AUGCGGUUGAAUCCGGUGGAUUUUGACAUGUUCUCUCCCGCGUUUGUUCCCACGCCCAUGAAAAGCAAGGCGAUCGCGCAGCAACAGUACGACAAAGCGUCCACUUCCGGAGCCGGACGAGCAGAAAAUGCUGCACCCAUGGCCGCGCAGACGCCGAUUUUUGGAAGCCGUGGAGGUGCGGUUUUCAACGAUGAGAAUCUGUUUUUUUCUGCGGGAAGACCAAACGGAGAUCUUCCUGUCCAUCAAGAAGAGGAAAACUUGCUGAGCCUUUCACGCUUGAGCAUGAGCUCUAUCAAGCCGGCCGCGUCGCAGUCAUUUCUCGGCGGAAGUGUUGGAAGAAGGGAUCAUUUUGCUGCUGGAGCAGGAGACGAUAUUUUCGGCGACGCGGGCCACGACGCUCCUGCAGCAGCACAAGGGGGAGCAAAGAGUCCGAGCAUCAAGCUGGAUAACAACUACAGCUUUCAAAGCGACCCGCUCGCCGCACUCAGGCUACAACCGCAGCUGUCUGGGAUGCUACAAGCAGACGGCGUGGCAAAAAGCAGCAAUCUAUUGGAACAAGACAGGGAUCUCCUCGAUAUAGACGACAAUGUGCUCACCAACCGCUCGGUUGCGGUGGACGAGGAAUUUUUCAGCAGUUUGUCCCCCGUCGACCAGGGGAUCUUGAUUGAACAUUUGCAAAAGAGCGGGGAUCUGCUGUCCGCGGCGCAUCUCGAGAAUCAGAUCAUUACGAUGUCGGCAAUAAACAGGUCGGAUAUCGAUAUGGUGAUCACGGGGGACGACGAGGGAAGAGUAGGAGAAGGAGCCCAGAAGCAGCGGCAGACCGGUGACGUUCCCGCUCGUACAGGACACCUCCAUGGUCCAGUAUCAUCGUCAGGAGUGGAAGGACUCGCCGGUGUGGACGGGGGUGUCGAUGGCGCAGCAAGGACGACGUACUUAUUCUUCGAAGAGGUCUUCUGGAAGGAGAUGUGGAUGUCUUUAGAUAGAAUUUUAUUUGCUUUGAGCGAACACCGAGCCAAAAGAACUUUCUUGCAGACUACUUUGUACCUACGUGGUCCAGAAAUCAAAGCAAAAAUUUUUAUCUUUCACAGGGGAGGUCAUGAAAUCGAUAAUGCAGCCGACGCCAUGCAAAUUCAGCGAGCAAACGAGCCAGCGACCCCGGCCUUCGAGGCCACUGCCGGCGACAAAGCAGGCCCGCUCGACGUCAACAUCGUCGCGUCGCCGAAUAGCGCUAGCGGUCCUGAAGUUUUGGAUCAACAAGUAGGAGCAGGCCCACGAGCAUCGCACCUCCAGGGUAUGAUGCUCCUCGACCCCGCAAAAAUCCAUGCGAGAAACAAGGCUUCGAACGACAGUAGUUCAUCUCAACACGACCAGGACAUGUCGAUGCAGAUGCUUCGGGACGGUAGUGCUAGACCCGACAUCCAAAUGUCCGCGUUUCGUCGCGGUGGAGCGAACCUCUUGCGGGGCAACAUGAUGGUGCAGCAAUCCGCUCUGCGCGGCAGCGCUGUUGCAAACGCGGAUGACGUAAGCGACCUGUUGCAGGGCGUCAACCUGAGCCAAGAAAUUCAGUUCAACGACGGCCUACUGAUGCACCAGCUACAGGACGGGGGAAUGGGAAACAAGAGCAAGCGGGAUUCCAGCAAAAUCGAGCUAGACGACCCCGUGUUCGAGCAAGGGCAUGACAGUCUGCAGUUCGACGAGCCGGUGUUUGCGGAGGAUGCUGUUGUUGACGAAAAUCAAAAGGACGACAGUAGAGAGCGAGCGUCUGCUCCUCGACGACCGCUCGCAGGAAACCACGAGAGCAAAGAAGUGACUCCACCCGGUGCUGUUGCCGCCGCAAGCGAUGACGAAGAGCGACUGAAAUUGACGCCGCUUGAGGUACUACUUGGAUUUACGAAUAAUGAUGAGCACAAGAACUACCUUAGGCGUAGAUCUGUGGUGGUUUCUGUCGACAACGUGGUGAUCUCAACAUGCAUCAGAGACUGCUGGUGACCUCGAGCUCAACACGUAUUUUAUCGCCCGUUGUGGAUUCAGAAUUUAUUUGAAUUGCACCUCAGGUAUCCAUCCUCGCGAGUCGUAGUCUUUCCGCGAUGGAGAAGCGUGCUUACCUAUCCGGCAUCAGAACCCCGCGCUCCGUUGCGCGUAGCUCGGCAGUGGGAAGAAAUCGACGGGGCAGUAUCUCCGCGUCUCCCGAUAGUAAAGGCAAAGAGUCCAGCGGGGACUUCCGGGGGUUCGGACGGGGAAAUUUGGACAACUACCAGGUGGACGACCGGAGGAGAAGGAAGAUUUUGGAAAACUUGGAGCGACACAACCAGCUUGCGAGAAAUCCUAACGAUCUUUACGGCGAGAACAAGCACGACUACCAGUACGGAGCCGGUACAACAAUAGAGGCUCCGACCACGCCCUUGCCCGCGCCAAACAAACUGGAUUUUCUGCUGGCCAGGAGCGCGUCGCAGCGUGAGAUGGUGGUCGGGGAUGAGUUCUUUGAUCUGGGAGGUGUUUUCAACAGUGCGAAAAGAGGCAGGGUGAAUGUUGAAAGCCCGCCCAUGGUCUUCACUCCCGGAGGUGGAAGGUCACACGGAAUACGCAACAAGGACAAUGUAAUGAGUUACUUCCGACCGGCCGCGGCCCGUGGUCCAGACGGCACGCCCUCCUCCAUCCUGGAGCGCAGCGAAAGUCGGUUGCGGUUGAAUCCCGACCCGUUUUCCGCGAUGGACGACGACGACGGAGAUCUUUUUCGCAACAGCUCCAUGAACUCCCUAACGCCCGGGGCCGUUCCGUUCGACUUUCGUCCAGGCGAGAUGAACUCGCAGUCGCUGCCCCCGGUAAACUUCAACUCCACACAGGCAUCCGAAAUUGACCUUGCUGAGGGUGGAGAUGCUGCAGGCGCGUUUUCAAUUCACGGGGAAGAUCAGGGCUUUGCUGCGGGUGUGCUGGCGGGCGGAGGCGACUUUUGCGACGACUUUGAAGCUGGUGCCGGGGGAAAUGUUGACGAAGACCGCCUCAGCACCGGUAGAAGUAGCUUCGGGUUGAAAUUCAACUUCAAGGAUCCGGCAGCAGGAAGCGGAAGUCGAAGUGCGCACGGGCAGCAGCGGCCGCCUCAAAACGAUGGUCGACAACAGAACCAACUGGACCCCCGCAGGAUUUCCCGGCCCUCACCAAAUGCAAACGAGCAGCUACUUCCAGAUAGCAUGCAAAGACGGCGGGACUUGUUCCACACGGUGAAGAAAUUUGAAGCCAAGGACAACCUUUUCCCCAAAGCCUCGCCGGUUACCGGUUUCCCCAACAACCUGCAGGACGAAAGCGGUCUCGCGUCGGGGAAGCUGCGAAACAAAGGCAGCACAUCGAUGGACCAGCAGCAAGUACAACCGGGAACAGGGAAGCACCGGACGAAGAAGCAGAAACGACAGCGGAAACUGGAACUGCAGCAGCAGCGCGCGUUGAAGAACAAAAGCGCGCUGGUGCUGUCCGACGCUCAGCUAGAAGCUUGGCAGACGGAGGAGAACCGGCGGAAGAUCACCCACACGUUGGUAGUCCGCCCGGAGAUGGAAACUUCGCUGCGGUUCGGGGGGCCUUCUAUUAGCACAGCUGGUGGUCCAUCAGGCGUUCUUUCCUCGUUGUACUCCGCAGCGCAUCUUCCGGGGAGCAAAGUCCUCCCAACCUGCACCAGUUUGUUGAAAAACCGGCCGAACGCGCGCCAAUACGAGAAGUUUCGGACACAAAAACACUUGUACUAUCUCGAUCACCCAGACUUGUUCGUCUCCGCCGAGCAGUUGCAGGACGGAGAGGAGGAAUUGAAACACACUUUCGCACGCUGGUACACGGGCUUCCAGCAGGGAAAACCGCCCCUCGUUGGGAACAAGAAUACGAAAUCCAUGCUCGAUCUGGAUCAGUUAGGAUUGGUGUGGAACAAAGCGGCAGGGGUUGACGUGGCGAGACUGCAAUUGUUGAAGCAGGGUGAAGGGGGUGUUGGUGGGCGUGAGUUUGUUAACCAAGGAGAUGACAAGUGGGGUCGAAGCAGUUUUGGGGACAGAAACAGCGACUUCAUCAUUGACGACCACAAUAACGAUUACGACGCUCCUGGUAGUGCAGGAGCUCGCGCGCGAUCAGUACAGAAUCAAGACACGAACAGGAGCUUGGUUUCGCCCUCCUGUGUAGUUGACCAAGGCGGAUUUGAUAUGACCGUACACGAUGAUGAAAAGCGGUCCCAUUCUCCCCCGAAAAAGCGGAUCUUUUCGGAGAAGUUGUUCGUGCCGAGCGAAAUGGGCAGUCAGCCACCGGUGGUGGAUGUCGAAAUGAACAGUCAGCAACAAGUUCUUUCGGAUUUGCUGAAAAAAGGAAGGAACCACGAUUUCGAUUCCGAGCAAAAUCGAGGUCGUCACCUUGCAAACGUGACGCCGGGCGCUGAACAUCAGGAGGUUGUUCCUGGCGUAGGCGUUGAUCAAGAGCGAAACAAAACCAGCAACAACGCCAGCCAACCCGACCGCAUGCUGUUCAGCGCCAGAGCCUUCCGACCGGAUGCUUUCGGUCAUCAGUCCGGAUUUCUGGACUCCCAGCGUGGCCUGUGUUCGCAACCCGACGCAUCGUAUUUCGUUUCGCAGCAAGACAUGCCAGUGCAGCCCGAGUCUUCGCAGCACGGUAUGAUACUGGACGCACAGGCUCAGCGCGCUUUCCUCAACGAGGGAAAUUUCUCCGGCAAAGACAGACCUCCACUUUCGCCGAUUUUCUCCGACAUAGGGUCUCGAUCUGUAGUUGGCGGUGCAGCCGCUGGGGGUUCAGAGAGAAGUGGACGCAGCGGGUCUCCUGUGCGAGGGGACGAGGUUCUUCCCAGGAACCAGCAGAACAGUGCGCCGCUGUUCUCCUCCGCAGCUUUCGAACCUGGGAGCCUGGUUCCGAGCGCGGAGCCCGUGUCCGAUAGGAAAGAAGUAGAAAGAGUUGCGGGAAACCAGGCUGUUGUUCACAACUACAGCAACAAGAUGGAAGAAAGUCAAGACCUCCAACUCCACUUCGAGAACGAGCCAGGAGAACAUGAUAGAGGUGAAUUGCGAGGUCGCAGUCCCUUGCGCAGGUCACAACCGUCCUCGUUGAUACCACAGUAUAAUCAAGAGGCGCGUGCUGUCAGCAGCGGGGAUGGUUGCUCACCGAAGGAAGGCGGCGGAAGAGGAGUGGUCCAUCUAGUACUAUCUGGCGAUCGAAGACCAGACCAACUGAUAGCUCCUGCCCAUCAGCAGCAUGAUCAUGUUGAGCAGACGCGUCUAUCGGCUGCCGGCGCUCGCGGGCCUCCACACCGACGCGGCAGCUUUGGCCAGGUAAUCACCUCCGCGGCGCAGAAUUUGAUCCCGGGAACGGCUGCUCGAAGGAGAUUCAACAUCGCGGCGGACCAUCAACCACGACGAGCAAGCCGAGAUAUGAGCAAUGAUGGAGCUGAUUUUGAAGACCUGUCUCCGAACCAAAUUGCGGACCAGCAGAACUUUUACAUUCCCUCGCCCGGGUUUCUUUCCGCGGACAAAUUGUCGCAGCGAGACGAUGAGGAGCAAGCGUCCUCCGGUCGUGGAGGGCCAGCACGGGAGCAGCAACAGGGUGGCACCAGGAGCCUCUUGAAAGGAAAUGCACGACAAGGGGAAGUAUCAGCAGCAAAGAUGAUAAGUCCGCAACAAGCACCUGGUGCUGCAGAAGCAAACGCGCAGCUGCGACAGCUUGACCAUCGUGAAGAAGAUGCUAAUAUCGAUUUGAUUCGCGACAGAAGAUCGUCGCAGUUUCAACGCAGAAGCUUCGCCCUGUGGCGGAAUUCGCCUGCUGGGCGGGGUCUUCAUGAUUUUAACAUCAGCGGGCCGGAACUGGAGGAAGAGCAGCUUGUUGUCGACGCAGAAAUCAUGAACAACGUCGGUUCACGACAGGAGCAAGCUUCAGCUGCGUCAACAUCACAAAUAAACAUGCAGAGCAACCCCCGCAAAAGUAGAGCAUCGGGAGGAGGAGCCGAAAGAACGCCGGGGGGCCGCUCCAUUCAUCUCCAGAAGAAAACGCGAGGGGGAGACGUCGAAAAUGAAGCAGAUGCUGGUGGUCAUGAUGCGCCUCCCUUUGAUGUGCAGCACGAAGGUGCGCACGAUGAUGUCGUCCCUCAGGAGCAUUUUUUGGAUGAAGGCACAGCUUUCGACCACCAGGAAGGCGGCGGUGCCGACAACUACAUCAGCCAGGUAGAUUUUAUGAAUUAUCCCACGCCCGGCGGUAACCACUCCCUUCCGUCCUCCUCACCGUCGCUAAAAUUCAACUUUCUUCCCGGAAAACCCAAAAACCCAGUAAUUCACCGACCCCAGCACGAAAACAAGCUGGCGAAAUUUCUGGGCGAAAACCCGCCGCCGGUACUGCUGGAAAAGUUUUUGACCACGGAUACGGAAGAUGCCGAUAAUUGCGGACUUACCAGAACUUGUGAUGCGGAGUUCGCAGCGCUCGCGUUUUACGAGUUGCUCGAGCUGCGAACGGAGGGCAAGGUGGAAGUAGAACAAGAAGUCGCUUACUGCGAUAUUCAGAUUUUACCAUCACCACUCGGAAGUGCGGGCGGGUUUAAUUUGUGAGAAGAUACGGCCAGCACGGGCUUCGUUACCGUUGGCGUUGUAGUUAUACACUCGGAAGUACUAGUAGGAGCUGGUUUGUCGUGCCGGUAUUUGCUUGUGUCUGUGUUGAGCACACCGAAGCUAUAUCAAAAAAAUUGAUGAUAAUUUUAACUAAAAAAAACUUUCUGGACAUGGUUGAGCUGAAAUUUGACGUAUUUUGUCCUGAGAAAAAUUCAACAUCACGUAGACAGCAAUAGAUAGACGUAGACAGCAAUUUGAGAUUUUUCAGUUCUUGAGUUUGUUACUUAGCCGAAGAUCAAUUAUACGCAGAACAAUGGGUAGGUCCCUGCACCUACUGCUAGAGCCGCCUCGGCCUCGAAACUGCUAAAUAUAAUGAAACUAGUUACACCAGACAGAGUAUCCGUGUACAACUCUUCCGUCCCUAUUCAUCACCACCCAGAAUGAAAUUGUAUGGACACUGAAGAAAACCUGUCAGGUUUUCUGAAGUUGAAAUUGUAUUCACCAUGUAUCGAUUGUGCUCUAACGCCUGACAACCUCAAGCAAUUGAUUUGCGGAGUUUGUUUUAU